CACUGACAUGAAAGCGGCAGUAUCACAGGAAAAGCAUCUCGCCCGUAACACAAGCCAGUCACUGGACAGUGACGUGAAGAUUUAAAUAUACGAGUACACUUGCCUGAACCGUAUUCAGUGUGCGUGUGUGUGGUGAGAGAAGAAAGAGAAUCGGGAUUAUACACAAGAAUCUCUAGGGAAUGAAGAGAAUAAAAAUCACCUCUGAACAACCACGAGAAAACUUUGCCGCAGCUUUUGUCCAUCAAAAUGAAGAUCGCAUAAGCAAACGGAGGUGCUGACAGUCGAUGAAGGAAACAUUUUCAAAGCAAAACCCUUGAGCUAUUUUCUGACACAUCUGAACCCGUUGCUUUAGCUCGACAAACACAAGCUUCCAAGGAUUAAACAGAUUAUAAAGUUGAGUACAAUAAAAACAAAUCAUGCUGCAAAAACGACUCGGGUUACUUUUUUUUUUUUUUUCUAAUCAAGUACUAUAAAAUGAAAUGCAAAAUAAUAAUGUAUAACGAUGAGGAAAACAUCGGAGAACAAAUUUGUUUUCUGAUAUAAAAACCUGAUAGAUGUCAAAUAAGCGCAACACUUAACAUACAACACAAGGACGGGGGAAAUGAUGAAAGCUGGCGCAGAAAAAGUAACGGGAACUUCGGAACACAUGCUUAGCUCUAGCCUUUGACAUCACUAGAAAACAAAGGACCUUCUUUGUAGAUUUGGGUGCAAGUGAUUUUUUUUUUUAACCUGCAGUAUAGCGACCUGUCUUUUCCAAGCUUCAUAAUGGAAGUUUUCCCGUGUGCAGAAAGAAACAUGUUGCAUCUCUGCACACUGCAGCUGCUCACAGCGAUUCUCUGUAUAGUGGUGGAGAGUCGAGGGCUGCCAGAUGGAAUGCAAAGGGUCACCACUGUCCCGACAUAUCUGCCUGUCAACUAUCAAAUCCUCAACGCAGAGUCAGCCUUUUUCCUUAAAGAAGCCAAUCAGGAUAUCAUGAGGAACAACAGUUUACAGUCUCGCACGGAGCCCUUCUUUAUCUACCAGGCCAGGCAGAUUCCCACGUUCACCGCAAGCUAUGGGCCCUUCUCGGCGGAGCAACCUGUUCCUCAGGACCUUCUACAGAGCCCCCAUGCUUUCGUUGCAUCCAGCAUGUUCACCUUCAACUGGAAGGUGCAGACCUACAUCAUCAGAGAGAAGGUUUACUUCAGCUGGCCUAAGGUGCAAGUUUUGUUUUACAUUGCGGGGAGAGACUGGGAUGAUUACAGUACCAUAGACAAGCUGCCCUGCGUGAAAAUGUUCGCUUUCCGGGAGACGCAGGAAGUCCGGGGCACCUGUAAGCUCAAGGGGGAUCUUGGGCUUUGUGUGGCCGAUCUGGAGCCCCUUUCGAGUUGGUUUAGCCCACCCAGCGUGGUUCCGGGCCGACAGAAAACUUUGGACCAAUCAGAAGGGGCCCCCGUGGAACUCUACUAUGUGGUCCAGUCCGCCGAGAAUGGGGAAUGUUCCUCUGACGACUUUAGAAAGGGGAACUCUAUCCGGUCAGACCACGACAAAGCCUUUGGCCCGUCCACCACCUCCCCCAUGCAGAGGAUUGGUAGCGUCCGCCUGUACCAGACCCCAGGAUCCCCCAAGCUGUCAGAGCUGAAACUGGAUAAUAACAUUUUGAUCCUGGUGCCAUCUAAACCUGUCAAACAAAGGGAUAUUGUUACUGCCUAUGUUUCUACCACCAGCAUUACAAGCGUGGAGAUGUUUACCCUGAGAGUGAAGUUAAGGAAGGGGCUGAGUUUCCUCGGCGCGAGAUCCAGCAGCCCCAGCCUCUGGGCUAUCAGACAGGAAUCGGUGAACGAUGGGAGGCACUCUGUCGUCACCAUCCUCUGUCAGAGGAAAGGGGCCACUUCGGGAAACAGGGCGGAGGACGGGGCGGUGGGGGUCAUGCAGAUGGAUUUUGAGGUGGACACCUUCGCUGACCUGUUGGGGAGUAGUUCCAUCACGUGGCAGGCAGAGUACCCCAGGACCGGAGCCCGGACCGAGGAGGCAGAGACCGAGAUCCACCUUGUACACAAAGACCUGGGCAGCAUCAUUCCUUUAGCCAUGGACACAGAGAUCCUAAACACAGCAGUGCUGACUGGGAAGACAGUGGCUGUCCCUGUGAAGGUGGUGACUGUUGGAGAGGACAGCACCGUGACAGACGUGUCCGACUUUGUGAAGUGCCAGUCGGAGGAUGAGGACGUGGUAAAGGUGUCAGAAAGGUGUGACUAUGUCUAUGUGAACGGAAAGGAGAUGAGGGGGAAGGUGAAGAUGGCAGUGAAUUUCACCUACGAGUACCUGAGCGCCCAGCUGGAAAUGACUGUGUGGAUCCCUCGACUCCCCCUGCAGAUAGAGGUGUCUGACACUGAGCUCAGCCAGAUCAAAGGCUGGAGGGUCCCCAGCCCGUCCAGUAAAAGGAUGGCACGGGACAGCGAUGAUGAGGAUGAAGAUGACAGGAGAGGGAGGGGAUGCACGCUGCAGUACCAGCAUGCAAUGGUGCGAGUCCUCACACACUUUGUAACCGAGUCCUUGGAGCCUGGAGGUCAGCUGACCUACAUGCUGGGCUCUGAUUGGCAGGUUGACAUCACAGACUUGGUGACAGACUUCCUGAAGGUGGAGGAGCCCCAGAUUGUAAAACUGCAUGACGGGAGGGUCCUAAUGGGCCUGGAUACUGGCAUGACAAGCAUACAGGUGCUGUCCCCUCUAUCAGACACCAUCCUGGCCGAGAAGACGGUGACAGUGCUGGAUGACAAGGUGACCAUCACUGACCUCGGGGUGCAGCUGGUCACUGGGCUCUCACUGUCACUUCAGCUCAGCACAGGAAGCAACAGGGCCAUCGUCGCCACGACAACCUCUCAGGAGCUGCUUCACAGCCCGAAACAGGAGGCAGUGAUCAGCGCAUGGAUCCAAUUCAGCGACGGCUCUGUGACUCCACUGGAUAUCUUCAAUCCCGACUACUUUUCUCUCACUGCCACCUCCUUGGAUGAAGAGGUAGUCUCAGUCCGGCAGGACCCAGCAAUGAAGUGGCCAGUGAUUGUGACAGAAGGGGAGGGACAGGGUGUUUUGGUGAAGGUGGAAAUGGUGAUCUGCGAGACCUGCCAGAAGUCCAAACGGAGAAGCGCUCUCGGCUCCGGGAGUGGAAGCGUCAAGGUAAAGUUCGGCCAGAACGACGCAAGCCCCAAACUGACUGGCAGCGAUCACGGGGUGGACAAUGAUGAGCUAGAGAACCGUGCUAGCGACCGGAGACAGAAACCGGCAGAGCAGGACCGCGCUGGGAUAGACGUGCAUUAUUAUGGAAGUUCAAUCUCUGACUUGGAGGAUAGCAUCAUGAAAAAGAUACCCACGACUAUCAAGUCAGCAAUAAUAAGGAAAUCAGAGGGUGACAAGCUUUCGGAUGAUGGUAGUCAGCUCCAAAAUAUUCCCAUUGACUUCUCAAAUUUCCCUGCGCAGGUGGACCUGCCUCGGAACAAUAGAGGCAUGGAGGAUAACGAUCUGGUGCAAACCCCACGAGGCCUGACCGAUCUGGAGAUAGGGAUGUAUGCUUUGUUGGGAGUGUUCUGCCUUGCUAUUUUGGUGUUCCUCAUCAACUGCAUCUGGUAUGCUUUGAAGUACAGGCACAAGCAGGUUCACAUGGAAGGACAGGAGACCAUGAACCACUCCCACGACUGGGUAUGGCUUGGGAACGAGGCUGAGCUAUUGGAGAACCACACAGGCCUCUCCCCUCAGCAGGGCGAGCACACCACCGUGAUCGACACGGGGAUGGGGUUUGAGGAAGGCAGCCACCUCCUGAACGGCGGCUCCACCCAGAAGAAUGUUCAGGGGCAGAUCCACAGGUCCGCUGAUUCUGGGUGCAGCAGUAACGGGAAAGAAUGCAAAAACGAGUCCCUAAACUCUCCCACAACAAAAAGGAAGCACGUGAAAUUUACGACAUUCACCACUAUCCCCCCAGAUGACGGCUGCCCUUCCAUUAACCCGAUUAUCUUGGGCGGUGAGGAUGACAUUAAAUGGGUUUGCCAGGACAUGGAGCUUGGGGAUUCCAAAGAGCUUAGAAACUACAUGGAAAGGCUACAUGACAUUGCAUAGUUCUUUUAUGACAGACUUGAAACAACUCACCCUUAUGCCUUCAGAAUGGGGAGGAGGGGCCUGGGAUUCAGAUAAUAAUAUGGUGGGUCACAAAGUUCCAAACUGUUGUCAUGGAAACUGCCAAAGUGGCAUUUUGUCAUAAUGGAAAUAAGGAAAUGCAGUAAAUAACAAUAAAACAAGAGAUAAAUAAAGACAAUAAAACAAGAGAGGGAUAUUCUAAGUGGAACAUAAAAUACAACUAGGAGUCUGAGAAACAUUUUCAAGUGGAUUAUUAUUAUUAUUUGGAUUAUUUUCUCAGUUUAUGGAGUGAGAUGGUGGACUUGAUCUUAAUACAGUGUUUUUUACUGCAUCACUUUUCAUGCUGUAGUUUCAAAACAAAAGUUCACGUAUUAUAAAUUACCUGGAUACAGUAUGUUAACAAAAAAACAAAAGAAUGCAGAUAAUGAAUUGUAGAUUCUAAGAAUGUAAUAUUGAUAAAUAUACAUACAUUGUAAAUAAAAAUGCACAAAUAAUGAUGUGACAAGUAACUUUUAAUACACCUUUAAUAUAUAUUAUUAUAUACCAUGAUUCUUAUACCACUUUUGAGUUUAAGGAUACUGUUACCUUUGUGAAUGUCCGGCUUACAAAUGGAGGUUUAAAGCAAUUUCUGUGUAUGUACAGAGGCUGAUAAAAUCAUCGAAACGGCACUGUUUGUCUACAUUCCUGUUAACAGCGGAAUGCACUGGAGAAGCAAGUGUCUAAAUAAAUAGCAGAAUACUUUAUCGGACAGAAUGUAUACACUACUUAACUCCAAUGUGCAGGUCUAUAUUGUGUCAGUUCCUGGUUCUUGUGUAUUUAUGGAUCUCAAAUGUAAUCUGCACUGCAACAGAAAUUAAAUACAACAUUCCUAAUUAUUCUAGUACCCUAAAUCAGAGCUGUCAAACCUUUUUCAUCUAAAGAGCCAUGCUGACAACCAGUUGGCUCCAAGAGCUUGAAAUAUUGAAUAAACAUACCUAAUCAGGAGGUCCCCGGUUCAAAUCCCAGCUCAGCCAAUGACUUACUGUGUGACCCUUGUGCUCCACCUUUCGGGUGAGAUGCUCUUGUAAGUGACUCUGCAGCUG